AGCGAUGACAGUGAGACAGUGGAUGAACGCACACGCGAGUGCUGCGGGUAUCUCACUCGUGUGGCGAAUACCUGAAGGGUUGGUGCCGGCAUCAGUACAAGAGUCAUGAUUUUUCCACAAGAUAAUUCAAUCUCUGAGCCUUUGAAUUAACUUAAUUAGGAAGAUGAAGAAUCCGCGCUUCAUCGGCGCAUCAACUUUCUUGUCACAAAGUUGUUGCCUCUAUAAUAUUUUAUGUAAUGAAACCUGGUAGCUGUUCUACUGCAUCUCUUUAUUUGGAUAUUUGGAUAUUUGGAAAUGUUUAUGCGCGAGACAAUGAUGAGUUUUAUUAGGUAUUUGGCAAUCUAAAAGAACUCAGCUAUGGCUGAAGGUGGAACGGAGCCAAAGUCUAUUGACGGCCAGAUUUCAAGGGGUCAGUUGGAAAUAAACGAAUGCCUUGGUAACUGGUUGACGUACUUGCAGACACUUAAUGGCCUAUGCACGGCUGGUACUAAACUGGCUCAAUCUCUGCAAGCACUCCUUUCCAUGCAUGACACGGUGGCACAAUGUCGUCUGACAGGUCAAUGUCUGGCUGGAUGGGAAGAGUUAACAAGAGCCACGCACAUAGCCAGCAGUACUGUUAAGAAUCAUGUGAUCACUGCUCUGAGGGAUCACGAAUCUCGCGACAAUGAUGGCGACAAGCAUGAUAUUCUGAGGGAGAAUCUCUUAACAUUCAUAAACUUGCAAUAUCAAUUUUGCGUUGCUUGUUGCAAGUGCUUAGGUGGUAUGGCAGAAUGUUCUUGCUCCCAGAACGGUAGCGGUGAUUGCGAUAUUGCCGCGUUACAGCAAUGCUUCGAGCGUCUCUACAGUUCACCAAUACCGCCAAUUUCCUCCUCGUCCACCCAACAAUCGAUGCCGAAUUGCCGGAGGUCUCCAUUGCCGUAUUCGUUGUUUCCGCAGAUUCAGAGGAGGUGGUCGGAAACGGCGGCGGCGGAAAUGUCGGGCGAGUCCGUCGAAAGCACGAUGAGGCGUUGGUCGAUGCCUUGGGAUUGCAAGCACGUCAUAGAGUGGCCGCGUCAGGACGCGCGAUCGAGAUUAAGGGUGCCGCAGCAAGAUCGCAGCAGAUCGACCACGCCUGAUUCGGUGUGGAAAACGUCGACGAUGGCUAGUCAGGACGGUCUGCAGGAAGCCAUUCAGUUGUUAUCCUGCAAACCAGGAGUUCGGCCGUCCAAUCAACUCACGGCUUACCCUAGUCAGCAUAUCCCAGGCGUCACUUUAACGACCUGCAAUUUCGACUCGAAUUACGACUCCACUAUCUGGUCGGGAUCGCGUAGAAUAGGUUCUCCCAGAUGCUGGCCUCAGGAUUCUAGCGAUCAUUCCGAUCAAUCAGGACAUCGUGAUAGCGAUCACAGUGUUCAUAGUGGCGAACACAGAGAUUCGGAACAGAGCGGAGCCAGUGGCAGCCAUGGCGAUAGCAAGGAUAGCAUUCACUCGCAUUGCGAUCAUAGAGAAACAGAAACUGGUACAGCGGACACAUUGCCAUCUCGCAAGAGCAGCUCAUCAACCGAUUCCUGCCUCUCGGCGCACAGUCGAUCGGGUUCCGAAAGCGCUGGUGGCGGGGUAAAUAAACAAGAUCAGUUGUUUUCUGAUUGAAUGUACGAGAUCGCCAUUGUACUCGAUGUGGAGCGGUGGCGACUUGUCCUUCAUCAAGUUGCCGGAGAGCAACGAGAUACAAGAUGAACAUCCACCCACUUAAAUGUCUGCCACUAUUACUCCUUAUCUAAAAUGUAUCCGACGAGAAAUUCAGCCUUUGGAUUACUGAGCCGCGAAAUAGCUAUUCUAUCUUUUUAUGAUCCUUUUUUUUUUUUCAAGAUAUUACACGCUAAAAAAAUAAAAUCUAAUAUAUAAAAUGUUGUUCUAAACAUUAGUGUGGAAAAAUAGAAAUAUUGCUCGUGAUCCAGCAAUCCAAAGGUAAGUCAUCGCUAUUGAUGAAAUUUGUUGACCCGUGAAUUCUUCACCUAGUGAUUCGACCAAUCUUAUUCGUGAUGUGUAUACGUGUUUGUAUUUGUGAGCGCGAUAUGAUGUCGCAAGUUAGUACGUGCAUAUCGAGUGUGCAACAAACGAUAAUAGAAAAAUAUAUAAGGAAUGUUAUACAGGGUGAUCACUUCGUAAUAUUUAUUUAUUGUGAUAUUGUGAAUCGUAAAAUAUAUAUCAUGCAAAAGAUAUAUAAAUUUAUAUGUCUUAUUCAUAUAAAGCUGCAUUUAAGGGCGCAUUGUAUCACAUGCAUACACAUUUACAUCGUACACAUACAUACACAUUUAAAUAAUUUCUAUUAACCUGAUAAAUACUACGAAGUGUGAAACUUUAAAAGUAAAUGCUCUAUAUGUUGUUAAAGCUCCCAUAUACAUAUAUAUGUAUGAAUCAAUCGAGAGAGGUAUCAUUCGGCUUACAAUUGAAGAGAAUUACUUUCUCUCUCUCAGAUCUCUUGAUUUUCGGUCUCGAUAUCAAAGCGCGUGCACCUACUGUGAUCUACUAUUAUCGUAUCGGAUAAUGCAAAACUUUGAGAGUGUCUCUGCACACCUUUUAAAUUAAUUAAUAUCAUUUAAAUAUCAUUACACAAUCGAUGAAGCAUAUCACAUUCCAUUCGAAGAAACGACGCAUUUUAUAUUUACUUUUACUCGCGUAUCUUACAUCGUACGACUGUCAUAGACACGCAGCACCGUUCGUAAAUUCUCGACAACAUAUCCCAUAUUACAUAAAUAAAAGAUUCAGUAUAUUUGCAUUAAUUACAUACAUAAAAAUCAAAAUAAAAUUCACAAAUAAAUAAAGUUAUUGUCGAUAUCUAUAUCUUUCUAAAAUUUUUAUUUUAAAUUUUUUGUUUUAGUAUAUAAUAUAUAUAGAAUAUCUACAAAGUUUUGUCCCAUUAAAUUUCUGAAACGGUUUAAAUUACGAAAAAAUGUGAAAUACGUGUUAUUUUGAAUCGUUUUAGAAGUAUAGGAAGUGGGAACAGACAUUAUAGAUACUCUGUAUAUGUAUAUAUAUAUUUAUAAUUAGUAUAUUUUCGGUUAUAUAAAUUUAUCGCGCGCUUUACGUUCCUUAUCUUAUAUUUUUUCCCAAAAAAAUAUUUAUCUUAAAAAUAUUUAUAUAUAUAUAUAAAUAUAACAUAUGAUUAUGAUUCGUCACAAUUCUUGUAAUUGUUUUAAAAAUUGUCGCUGCAAAUACUUGGUGUGAUUUUACAGUAUAUAUUCAGAGGUUUAUCGUAACGGUAAUUCACAAUUACUUUUUCCAGAAGAAUUUUGAAGAAUCUUGCAUGUAUAAAGCGAUCUCGAUGUUUUGACCGAAAUGAGAUUUGAUGUAUGUACAAUUUUAUUUAUGGCACGAAUGCGAUAAUAAAAAUUCUCGAUGCAGUAAUUUAACUUAACGCUACUCGAGUACAUUCUUAAUAAAAAAAAAAAAAAACGAGGAAUUACAUUUACAUAUUUUAUUAUUGCAGUCAUAUACAGAAACUAGUGCUCUGGUUUUCCAACUUGGAGAACAGUCAUGUCUGAUCGCAUUCGUGCUUCUCAACAUGAAAGUUAUUAUAUUUUCCCAUCAUCGGCGAUUUUAUCUUAAAUUAUAUCGCGAUAAAGAUCAUUAAAAUUCUUUCUCUAAGAGAAAAAAGUCCGACGCUAUAAAAUUAGAUUUACACUUAUGAGCUUCAUCACAAUCGAAACUGAUUUCGAAAAAACUAAAAGAUUUUUUAAUGAUUUUUAAUUUCAACAAUUCUUAAAAAUUUCAAUGCGAGUUUAUAAAAUUCGAAAAAAAUGUAGAUCUUGUAAAUGUAAAAACCGAUAAAUAUGUAAAUCUUAGUUGCAGAUUCAUUAAAGAGACCUUAUGAAAGUGUGGAUUUAACGUGUGAGGGGUAGCUGUUCCUGAAAAAUAAAGGUGUAUAUCAUGGCUCAGAGUAAAA